AUGGAUUUGUUUUAUCAACAUUUGUCUGAAGCUGAUCCCAAAGAUUUGGAUAUACCUCUUAACAUUUAUUUAUAUGACUUUCUGAAUGAACUUGAGAAAAAUGGUGGAGAUUCGUCGGAGAAACUCAGUGAAGAAAAUAUAUUGGAAGAUGAUGAUGAUGAUGAUGAAGAAGAAGAAGAUUUGACGGAGAAACACAGCGAAGAAAAUGUCUUGGAAGAUGAUGAAGAAGAAGAAGAAGAAAGAGAAGAAGAUUUCACAGAGAAACUUAGCGAAGAAAAUAUCCUGGAAGAUGAUAUACCGGAUUUUGAACAUCAAGAUUCAGACUUUUUAAAUCUUGACAAAAUUUUUAUUGAAGAUGAUGAGUUUUAUGACAACAUUGUUGAUGAAUACUUUAAACCACAAACAGUUUUUAUCGAAAGUGACUCAACUACUACUCUGGCCGAUUCUUCGGUAAAAACCAAGGCAAAAACUAUUGAAAGCACUCAAUCUAACUCUGAUAGCGAUACUUUCUUAAAUACAGAGUCUGAUCAAGCAGGUGAUAGCCAAAUUUCUGAGCUUUUAUCUUCAGUCAUUGAAAUGAUUGCUCUUCGAGAUAAAAGAUUGUCACAUGUUCCCAGACUUUCCAAUAAAAUGAAUUAUGCUUCUGAAAAAUGGAUUGGAGAGCCCAAACUUAGAGGUCUUCGUCGAGAACUUAUAUCAUAUGUUAAGAUUAAUGAAAGUUUAUCAGGUGGUAUUUCAGUAUUAAAAAUGCUUCGUACAUAUUUUGAGUCUCACAGCAAUGUUUCAUUAAACCAGGCCAUCAAAUUUGCUACAACAGUUUUAGAACAGCAAAAUUUGGAUCCUGAUUUUUAUAAAACAGUGUUUUCCAAGAUCAGGUAUAUAUGUCAUUUUACUUUUAAAUCUGGAAAAGUUAAUCCGAAUUCGGAGCCUAUCAUUGCGUACACAAAAUAUAAAGAUAAAGCCAAAGAAGCUGGAAUUAGGUAUACAAAGGCCAGUGCAUUAAAAGGAUUUCCAGAGCAUAAUAAUAGAGAAAAUCUCAAAGAACUUUUUCCCAAAGCUAAAUUUGUUGAAAGUGAUGGUGUAAAAAUGUUACGCCGUGGUGACUGGUCUACAGGAUUUGAAGUUGUUUAUUUUUGCAGCAAUAGAUGCAUGGCAUUUACGGGUUCUAGUAGUGAUUUGACAGAAUGUGCCCAAUGUGGGAAGGCUCGUGAUCCGAUGUAUAGAUAUUUUUACUUCUCACCUCGUGAAAAAGUCAGAGAUUUUUUUGAAAACACAGGCUUGUCUAGGGUCAUUAAGGAUGCCCACAAGCGACAAAAAAAUGAAGGAGAAGUAGAAGACUUUUUUGAUGGCCAACUUUAUAAGCUUCUUUCACAGAGAUGCAUUCAAAACGCUCAAUUAGGUGAAGAUUAUCAACAAAAAAUAUCUCUCAAAUAUUUUGAAAGUCCGUGGGAUUUAGCUUUUUUGAUAUCAUUUGAUACUCCACCGGUGAAAUCUGGCAACUCUUCUUAUAAUAUAGUUGUUGCUCGAUGCUUAAAUCUACCUCCUGAGGAGCGUAAUAAACCAUCAAAUACAAUAACUUUGAUGGCAUUUCCCUCUGGAAUUGAUCUAGCUGCUAAAAAAGAAAAAUCUGCAGUAAAAGAUUGGGAUUCAUUUUUUUUCCCAUUUAUUAAGGACAGUGCAUUAGCCAGCACACUAGGAUAUACGGUUUAUGAUGAGGACAUAGGGGUCAUGAAAACUGUAAGGCAUCAUUUUGUUUUAUCAGUUGCAGAUAUGCCGGCUAGCUAUGGCCCAGAUAUUUACAGUCCAUCAAAGUAUGCUUGGUCAGUAGGUUCGAGAAAGUUGCUGAAAAUUUUGCGCGAACCAAAGUCUGAGGAUGACAAAAUCAUACGUGAGAAGACAGUUGAAAAUAUCAAUAAGCUUAUCAUUGAAGAGAAAAUCUUUGAAUUGCUAUCAGGUGGAGCUUCAGGCAACAGAAGCAUCAGCAUCACAAUCAAAUUUUAUGAAAAAAUUAAUUUUUUUCAGAGGCAUUUGAAUGCUUUUAUUAAACAAUAUGCUCGUGUAAGAGAUAAAGACAAUUCAUCUUAUCAUGUUAUCAUUGACGAUAUUAUUGUAAUAGACUUUUUGGGAAGCGGGGUUUCGGGACAAUUUGUCUUGGUGAGAAGGUUUCUGCCGGGUGUUGUCGUACCCCGCGAUUACAGGAUGCAAUUUUUUAAUGACAGUAGCAAUAUCGGAUAUACGACAAUUGGCUAUUAUAUUGACAAGAAAGAAUUCAUCACCAACCCUGAAAGCUUUUUUGUGACUGAUAGCCAUUUGGUACUUGCAAGGGACAUCAUAUGUCCAGUUUGGUUGAUUAAUGAUGGCGAUCUUUCUAUAGUUGUUGAUCCAUCAUUUGUGGAGGAAUACCGGACAAAAGACGGUAAAGUUGUAAGGACUGAAGAGUAUGAUGAUGAAGAGGAUUAUAAUAAUGUGUGUAAACCAUAUAUGAACAUUUAA